UUGAUCAAAGACAUGGACGUCCUAUGUAAAAGAUUUGAGCAUAGAUAUGAAAUUCUUUUCAUUUUCACGGUAUAAGUGGGUUUAAAGUCCCUUAUCUUAGCAACAGCGACGCUGAUUCUGCGCAAUGCACGUCUCGAUAUAUUGACACUAUUUAGAGAAGAAUAGGACAUGGAUGCAGGAUAGACAAUAACACUCAUAAAAUGGGGGUGAUAGACAAGGUACCAGGACACGGGGAGGACGGAUUGUACUCGUUUUCUUCCUGUCCGGUCACUCCUCGAGACAAAACUGGAAAUCGUUUGGUGAAGUUCCAGGCUGUGAGUCGGUCACACCAAACACAGUCUCAUCAUUACAUCAGAGUUAACUCCAAAGAUCGACUUUCCCACAUCAGAAGAAACAUCAAUUUACAGUUUAAGGAAAACUUUGAAAGAGGGUUCAUUUUCCUGAGUAAGACAAGAGAAAUUCUGAGAUCAGAUGAAAGAAAAACGACAAUUUUUGACAUAUUGCCAAAAAUCCCUGUGGACAAACCAACAGAAAAUUUUCGAUACCCGGAUGUAGAGUACAAGCGGGUUUCACACACCUAUGACGGCAGACGGUAUAUCGUAAUGUGUGCAUGUGUGGUGUUUCUGUACGAAAGAAGCAAAGUAAGCCAAUGGCCUUCCCACGAGCUCAAUCAGCAACUAUGCGAAAAUCUCCUAGAGGGUUUUUCAUUGAUACCAACAGAUAUUAUGUUUUUGAAACCAAAGCUUAUAGAAUUUCAAGCAACUUUGCUUCAUAUAAACGCGGCAUAUGGAAACGUAAAGGAUUUAGAAGAGGCCAUCAAAAAACUUCCAUACACACCAAACGUAUAUGACAUAUGCGACGAAAGAAAUGCAACGCCACUACACUACGCUGCAGAAAACGGAAAGAUAGAUGCAUGCGAGAUUCUUAUCAAUGGUAUUGGCAGGGAUUAGAUUUUUGUAAAAGAUAUGCAUGGUAGAUCGCCUAGACGAAAAGAUGUAAUCAUUUACCUUCUACAGCUGAACUCGGAAGUUAGGGACGUGGAUAACAAAGGAAACAGCUGUAUUGAUUUGCUUCUGCGACAACAUGAUAUCGACAUCCGUUAUAUUGCUUCCAACUUGCAAAUAAGUUCUCUUGAAAAACACAUGCAGUUCAAUCUCUCUUACUUUAUGCUUUAUCCGAAGCAAGAAAAAAUGACAAUAACAAACUGUCAACCAUCUCAAAAAUCCAUUAAUUUUAAUUUUCAUGAAUAUCGCGUGUCCGACACCUCAUUAAGAUAUCACCCGGAAACGAAAGUAUUACACAUAGACAGAAUGAAGGACAGACAGGCAUUUGCUUUUGAAUUCAAAUGUAAA